GGAAAAGCAAAAGAGAAAUAUAACACAAAACAUAACUGCAUAUAGACACAGAGCGAGAGAGCCACGGCAUAGAGCAGUGAGUAGUGUAAUGGCGGAAGAGGAAAUAAAGAAAGAGCAGCAAUUGCUGGUCCGUGCCACUGUAAAUUACCUGUUCCUUGCGCAGUUUGAAACAUUCAGAGCCUCUUUAUUGAGGCUGAAGCAAAAAUACCCGGCCCUGGCGGCAGCCAUUCUACAGACAGUUAUAGAGAAGGGCGCAAGACUAGAGGGCGUAGCGUGGUCGAGUCGCACCAGCUCCCCAGCCCACUUAACCUGGCUUUCAAUCGCUGAAUUACUUAACUUCGAAACCUCAACAUCUGCCGAUCCACAGGCCCUUCAACUAAAGGCCGAAUUCCUCCUCCUAAUCGAAUCCAUUAAGUCUCGCAUUAUUCCACAAACCCUAAGAGACCAACCCCAGGGGCCAUCAAAUGAUCGAAAUGGAGAACCGGCGGAGGCGCCAGAACCAGAAAAGGCCACGUCAUCUGAGGGAGACGGAAGCUUAUUAUUUUUCGAGUCUCUCUCUUCUUACGGCCUGCAGAGACUACAGGCAGAAAUAUUCAAAUCCACUAAUAAUUUACCCGAAUCCUUAACAGAAUCGGAAGUGGAAUCCCUUCGUCGAAUAGCGCGCGAUCAUCCAGAGCUUAUGGCGGCUCUCUGUGAUAACAUUCAGCGGCAGGUGAUUUUUCAGAGGAAUUGUGCAUCUAAGCUGGCAAUUAGUUUAUAUGAUCACGACAAAGCUUUGAAGGAGGCUGAGGAUGAUCGCUUGCAGAGUUCGGGGGAUCGUCCUCCCGGUGAGUCUUCUUCGGUCUUUGAAAAAGCGAGGGAUGAUUUCAGGUUGGGGUUAAGGAUAGAAGAGGAAGCUCAAUUGGCCCAUCUGGAUGUCUUGAAGGAGUCACUGGAGCGCCACGAUCUGGAGAGCGCGAUUCAGCGUCUCAGAUUUCUUAGGCAAGACAACGGGCUUCCCUCCCCCAUGUACUGGUCGAUUAUACAUGAUCUCAUCAAGGUGCUGAAGACCCCAGAUGAUGAUAUAGGGAGUCAAUGGUUUCACUUGCAAAUGCAGGAAGAGAUGUUGAAGAUUUAUGAAGAAGUCUUAACAUCCAAUAGCAAGCAACUCACAAAAAUGGUCGAGGAUAUACAGGAUGAUUUGAUUAAUGAAGAGGUUGAGGUCAAGAGAGUUUCCAAUGAAUACUCUUUCCCUCCCCCACUACAAAAGCUUGAUAGAUUGCUAAAGGCUUUAGGUUCUGGGCACAUUACUCUUUCAAUAAAUUUAUCUACAGCUGAGGAUCUGGUAGUUAAAUCUUGCAAACGAGAGCUGUAUCAUUUUGCUCGAGUAUCUGGAGAACAUGUCCUUGAGGUUGUACUGAAGGCAGCUCUUUUUGCUGUCAAGAACGAACACCUGCAGGAGGCUAGCAAUAUCCUUGCACUAUAUCCUCGUCUACAACCACUGGUUGCUGCCAUGGGUUGGGACUUACUGAGUGGGAAGACAAUAGCUCGAAGAAAAAUGAUGGAGCUUUUAUGGACAACCAAAUCGACUCAAUUAAGGCUAGAAGACCUUUCUAUCUAUGGAAGGCAAGGAGAAGAGGUAACAUUUUCUACUAUCUGUUGUGUAGAGUAUCUUUGUGAUCAUCUGUGCUUCCGUCUGGAGCUUGCUUACUUUGCUGCUUGCAAUAAUUCUGGUCAGAACUGGGAUCCCAAGACUUGUCUACUAUUUUCAGGCAAAAAGGGGAAGAGAAUAAGUGAGGAUAUAAAUGGAGGGCCAUUAGAUCCCUUUGUUGCCAAUUUUGUACUUGAACGUCUUGCUGUGCAAACUCCUCUAAGGGUGUUAUUUGAUGUUGUUCCAGACAUUAAGUUUAAGGAUGCAUUGGAACUUGUGAAUAUGCAACCUGUUCCAUCUGCAACUGCAGCAUGGCAUAGAUUGCAGGAUGUUGAACUGCUUCAUAUGCACUAUGGCCUACAGUCUGCUGUUCUUGCUUUGGGGGUCAUGGAGAUAAGUAUGUCAGAUGAUGGUAUUGAAACAAAUGAUCAGGUGGCAUUGUGGUUUUUGAAAGAACUUCAGGAUCAUUUAGAGGCAAUUGGGAGUCCUCCACGAAAGCUGUGGAUGAUGAACAUCAUUAUUUCACUUCUUCAUAUGGAUGAUAUUUCUAUAAAUACGAACCAAUUUAAGUUAUCUUACCUACAUGCAAGAAUUUCAAGUGCAUCUGCCAGGGAGGAACUUGCCUUGCCAAGCCCAAAUAAAAGUGAAAAUCAAUCAGUUGUUGCAGUGAUUGGUUUUAUCCUCAAGUUGCUGUAUCAUUCUUUACCAUCUGCCGGGUUUGAACUCGAACUCAAGCCAUCCUGGAGUGCAGUUGUAGGAGCUGGUAAGCAGGCAUGGGAAUGGAGAGCUUCUACUGUGAAGCAGUUUGUUGAGGAUUGGGAAUGGCGCCUCUCAGUUUUGAAGCGUCUUCUGCCGUCUCCUGAACGACAGUGGAAUUGGAAGGAAGCUUUGGCAAUAUUGCGUGCAGCACCUUCAACAUUGUUAAAUUUGUGCAUGCAAAGAGCCCAAUAUGAUAUUGGAGAAGAAGCUGUUCAUCGUUUUGCAUUGCCACCAGAGGAUAAAGUAGCAUUGCAACUUGCUGAGUGGGUUGACAGUGCUUUCACAAGGGCAUCGGUGGAAGAUGCUGUGUCUCGUGUAGCAGAGGGAAUGCUAAGUUCAGAAGGUGGCCUUGAUUUUGCAACUUUCCGUUCUCAUUUAGGAACUCUAGCUACAGUUCUUCUCUGCAUUGAUGUAGCUGUAACUUCAGCCAGAUCUACAAAUAUGGCAACACAGUUAUUGGAUCAGGCUCGAUCAUUACUUUCUGAGAUCUCUACAGGAGGUAGUCAAAGAGAAGGUUUAAUUCACUGGGAACAGAUUCAAGAACUAUGCAUCAUUUCUGUUGUAAAGCGUGUCCUCCAGCGUUCACAGGAGCUUCUGGAUCAGUAUAAGACUGGGUCAUUGCAGGCAAUACUUUCUGGAGAAACUGUUGUACCUGCAUCUUAUGAGAGUAACAGACAAGGUAACAGGCACCGUGCUUUACUCAGUUUGCAGCAGAUAAUUGAAGAUGCACACAGGGGAAAGCGGCAGUUUCUUAGUGGUAAACUACAUAAUCUUGUGAAGGCUAUUACUGACGAGGAAUCUGAUGAAAGCAACUCAAAAGUGGGGAACACCUAUGCAGAAAGAAAAGCUGUUCUGCCUCCUGAGCAAGAGAUAUUUCUAGGACUUGGAUUUCGACCAGCUAGGCAGGUUCCAUCCAGUGCACCAACUAGUGAUCAAAGUGGGGAGAGUUUACAGUUUGGCAUCAAGAGUGCUGGAAAACGCUUGAUUGGUCAUUUGAGUUCUAGACAAUCAGCAUAUCUAGCUGCGUUCAUACGUUACAUUGCUACUAUUGGUGACAUUGUUGAUGGGAUCGAUACCACUCAUGAUUUUAACUUCUUUUCCCUUGUCUACGAGUGGCCAAAUGAUUUAUUGACUCGAUUGGUGUUUGAGAGGGGAAGUGCUGAUGCAGCUGGUAAAGUAGCAGAUGUUAUGGGGGCAGAUUUGGUACAUGAGGUGAUUUCAGCUUGUGUGCCUCUGGUCUUCCCACCACGAUCUAAAAAUGGUUGGGCAUGCAUUCCUCGUGCUGCCUAUUCCCAACAAAAUGUGGAAAAUGGAUUUCAUGGCAAUCCUUCUUCUGCUUCAAUGCAUUCCAGAUCUCACGCCUCUGUUUUUGGCAAAUCAAAAGAUGUUAAAGCUCAAUUUUAUCCUCUUCGGUUGAAUGUAGUCAGGCACCUAGCUACAAUCUCCCCUGUUAGAGCUGUAUUGGCAUGUGUUUUUGGGAGUAGCAUUUUUUCAGCUGGAUAUGAAUACUGUGACACAGUUGGUAUGAAAAAGUCUUCAUCAGACUCAUCAGAUGCAGAUAGAAUAUUUUAUGAGUUUUCGCUUGACCAAUCAUAUCGGUUUCCGACUCUCAACCGUUGGAUACAAAUGCAAGCAAAUUUGCAUCGCUUGUCUGACUCCCCAAUCACAUCCAGGCGUGUGACUGAAACCAAUCUGCAAAACAAGGAAGAUAAACGGAUUACAGUAAAGCGACUUCGUGAAUCUGAAGGCAAUGAGUCAGAAGAAGAUGAGGAUGUUAUCCUUGGAAUGCCAUCUACAAAAUCUGUUUUUGACAUUGAAUCCAAGGAUGAUCCCACCUCUUCAGCUAUACCACUGGAUGUUAUGAAUUCUAGGAAUCUAAAGCCAGACAGUAUAAACUCAUUAUUGUUUGAUUGGGACAAUGAGGUGCCUUAUGAAGAGGCUGUAGAGAGUCUUAUAGAGGAAGGGAAAUUGCUUGAUGCUCUAGCUCUUUCAGAUCGCUGUUUACGGGAUGGAGCUUCAGAUCGUUUGUUACAGUUGCUUAUUGAGCGAGGAGAAGAGGGCCAUUUACAGUCUGGUCAGCUAUAUGGAUAUGGAACUCAUCAAAAUUUUUGGAGUAAUAGCUGGCAAUACUGUAUUCGGCUUCGUGACAAAAGACUUGCUGCCAAUCUGGCUCUCAAAUAUUUGCACCGUUGGGAAUUAGAUAAGUCUAUGGAUGUUCUUACGAUGUGCAGCUGCCACUUAGAUGAAAAAGAUCCUUUGCGACGUGAGGUGGUACACAGGAAGCAAGCACUGCAGAGAUGUAACCACAUUUUGUGUGUAGAUGAACGGUUUGGCAGUUGGCAAGAGGUUGAAGCUGAGUGCAAGGUAGAUCCAGAAGGGCUGGCACUUCGUUUGGCUGGGAAGGGAGCAGUUUCAGCAGCAUUAGAAGUAGCUGAAAGUGCCGGUUUAUCAAUUGAACUACGUCGGGAGUUGCAGGGACGGCAGCUUGUAAAGCUUUUGACAGCUGAUCCUAUUGGUGGUGGAGGUCCUGCAGAAGCUUCUAGAUUUCUUUGUUCUUUGCAUGAACCAGAAGAUGCUUUGCCUGUUGCAAUGGGUGCCAUGCAACAACUACCAAACUUACAAUCUAAACAACUUUUGGUCCAUUUUUUUCUGAAGAGGGGAAUGGGAACACUAUCAGAUACAGAAGCUGCCAGACUGAACAGGUGGGCUUUGGGUCUCCGGGUGCUUGGGGCUUUGCCUUUGCCAUGGCAGCAGCGGUGUUCAGCAUUGCAUGAGCAUCCACAUCUUAUAUUGGAGACUCUAUUGAUGUGGAAACAGUUGCAGUCUGCUAAACAGCUCCUAAACGAGUUUCCUUCCUUGAGAGAUGAACUUUUAAUUCUUACGUAUGCUGCUAAGGCAAUUACUGUUAGUGCUUAUCCUUCUAGUGAACGGCGCUUAUCAAUGGCAAAUGUAGCAAGCAAACCAAGCCCUCGCACAAGUGCAUCAAACAGAUCAAAUUUUAGUAACAGCUUAAACAAUCUGCAAAAAGAGGCUCGUCGAGCUUUUUCAUGGACCUCCCGUGAUAGUGGAAAUAAAAUUGCUCCAAAAGAAAUGAACAGGAAAAGAAAAAGCUCAGGGUUGCCUCCAUCACAAAGAGUUGCAUGGGAAGCAAUGGCUGGUAUCCAGGAGGAUCGAACACCUGUGUUCUCUGUGGAUGGGCAAGAACGUCUUGCGUCGGUAGCGAUGGCUGAAGGGUGGGUAUUGACUGGAGAUCCAGUUAAAGACGAGGGUGUUCGUCUUUCUCACCGAUAUGAGAGUGCACCUGACAUCAUUCUUUUGAAGGCCCUCCUUUCUUUGUGCUCGGAUCAGUCUGUAGCUGCUAAAGGAGCUUUGGAAUUGUGUAUUACACAAAUGAAGCAUGUACUUAGUGCACAACAGAUACCCUUGAAUGCUUCAACUGAAGUUGUGGGUCGGGCAUAUCAUGCUACAGAGACUUUUGUACAGGUUCUAGCACAUGCAAAAACAGAGUUGAGGAAAUUUGUUGGAAAAGCAGAGUCAUCAACUAGCAUGAAUAAAAGCCGUGAGACUGAUGACGGAUCAUCUGAUACUGGUAGUUCUAGCACUGGAAAUCAGCUUACAGAUGAGUUAUCCGAACUUCUAUCACAAGCAGAUUUGUGGUUAAGUCAUGCUGAGUUGCUUCAAAGUUUGCUAGGAUCAGGUGUAGUUGCGUCAUUGGAUGAUGUUGCAGAUAAAGAAUCAGCUGCUCAGCUUCGUGACAGAUUGAUUAAAGAUGAACGGUAUAGCAUGGCUGUAUAUACAUGCAAAAAGUGUAAGAUUGAAGCUUUUCCUGUCUGGAAUGCAUGGGGUCACGCUUUAAUUCGCAUGGAACACUAUACCCAAGCUCGUGUGAAGUUUAAGCAGGCUCUUCAGUUGCACAAAGGUGACCCUGUACCUGUUAUUCGCGAAAUUAUAAAUACAAUUGAAGCAGGUCCACCCGUAGAUAAAACUGGUGUGCAUUCACUCUAUGAUCACUUAGCAAAAAGUGCACCUACCAUUUUGGACGAUUCUCUUUCUGCAGAUGCAUAUUUAAAUGUGCUGUACAUGCCUUCAUCAUUCCCCAGGUCUGAAAGACUAAGAAGGUCAUCUGAAGAUUCUGCUGAUCCCUACAAGCCAUUUUCUACCCAAGAAAUGGCAGAAGAUGGCCCUCGUAGUAACUUGGACAAUGUUCGUUAUAUGGAAUGUGUUAGUUAUUUACAAGAGUAUGCACGUGCAGAGAUACUUGAGUUCAUGUUUAGACAUGGGCAUUAUAAAGAUGCAUGCUUGCUUUUCUUUCCUCCAAAUGCUGUUCCUACACCUCUACAACCUUCAUUGCCACAAAGGCAGGAUUCAAUAGCAACAGAUUAUGGGACAAUUGAUGAUCUUUGUGAGUUAUGCAUUAGCCAUGGAGCUAUGCCUGUGUUAGAGCAUGUUAUUGCAAUGAGAAGUAUUGGAUCUAGUGCACAGGAGACAGUUGUGAAUCAGCAUACAGCUAAUGCUUUAACCCGUAUAUGCAAUUACUGUGAAACACAUCGCAAUUUCAACCAUUUAUACAGGUUUCAGGUUUUACGAAAAGACCAUGUUGCUGCAGGCCUCUGUUGUAUUCAACUCUUUCUCAAUUCACCUCACCAAGAACAAGCACUUAAGCAUCUGGAGCAUGCAAAGAUGCAUUUUGAGGAUGGGCUCACAGCAAGACAUAAAUUGAAAAGCAUUCCAAAGCCUGGGCGAGGAAAAAGUGCCUCCGAGAAGCUAACGGAAGAAGAGCUUGUGAAAUUUUCUGCUCGUGUUGCUAUACAGAUGGAUGUAGUUCGGUGUUUCAGUGAUGCAGAAUUCCCACCAUGGAAGCAUUCACUAUUUGGAAAUCCUAAUGAUUCUGAGACAUUCAGACGAAGAUGUGAAAUUGCUGAAACUCUUGUUGAGCGGAAUUUUGAUCUAGCUUUUCAAAUAAUCUAUGAAUUCAAUCUUCCCGCUGUCCACAUCUAUGCUGGUGUUGCAGCUUCACUUGCAGAGAGGAAGAAAGGAAAUCAAUUGACUGAAUUUCUAAAGAACAUUAAGGGUACUAUUGAGGAGGACGACUGGGAUCAGGUGUUAGGGGCAGCUAUAAAUGUAUUUGCCAAUAGACACAGAGAGCGCCCAGAUAAACUUAUAGAUAUGCUCUCUAGCAGCCACAGGAAAGUUCUGGCAUGUGUUGUGUGUGGUCGCUUAAAAAGUGCUUUUCAGAUUGCUUCUCGAAGUGGAAAUGUUGCAGAUGUUCAGUAUGUUGCUCACCAGGCUUUAAAAAGUGGAGCACUUCCAGUGUUGGAUAUGUGCAAACAGUGGCUGGCACAAUAUAUGUAGCAAUAGCUGUAUGCUGGAGGCGAGACAAUUAUUGUUGCCUUGCAAUUAAAACGUCCAGUUUGUAUGAUAUCAAUGAUUUCUUCAUUAGUUUUGACAGCAGGUUGAUUGCUUGCCAAUUUUUUUGUGGAAAAUGUAAAGGUAUGCGAGAGACACUUUUAUGUAUUCAUUAUUCUUCACUGUGUGAGUUCCGCCAAUAUUUUGGGAAAAAAUGACAUACCAAAUUUUGCCUAAAGUGAAUCAGAAUUUCUUUUCAUAUUUUCGUUCAUGUUACAGUAUGACUACGAGUAAUAUAGCUUAUUGAAAAGAUUCCACUGA